AGUCAAUAUUACGAUUUCUCGCUGACAAAGGCAAAUGAAGCCAUGUUUUUGCUUACAAACAAGUAACAUUUAACGCCUUGAUCUGGAGCUCGGCGCUGUCGCCCUAGUCAGGAGGCCGUCUUGCGCUCGCGUUUUCUCUGAUCGACAUCUGGAUAUUAUAGGCUACCGGACUAGAAUAUGUUUUAUUUUUUUAGCUGUGACUGAGGACAUCGUCCACCAAACUACUUGACAACGAACUGAACUCACCCAAAAACACGAGGAAGACGUAUAGGGAAAAUCCUAAGGGGAUAUUUAGGGAUUCAGAAAAUGAGUUUCGGGGUGAGCUCCUGAAUCAGCGGUGGACGCGAGGCGAGAGGAUCAGCCGCUGCCAGCCCGCACAGAGACUGCAGAGCGGACCAAUCAAAAUGAGUGUGGAGAGUGAUGACACGCGAAGCACACGCACACGCUCCAAGGGAAUCAGAGUUCCUAUAGAGCUUGUUGGACAAGAGCUGAGCUGCCCCACCCCUGGAUGCAAUGGCUCUGGCCACAUCAGUGGGAGAUAUUCACGACACAGAAGUGUGCUGGGCUGCCCCUUGGCCAGGAAGCGACGUCUGGCAGACGCUGAGGCAGAGCAGGACCAGCCGUCCUCUAAAAGGAAGUCCCACCCUCUAAAGCUGGUCAUGGACGAGGGCUUCAGCAUGGACAGUGAUGGGAGCAGCGAAGAGGCAGAGGAGGAGGCCAAAGAGGAGGAGAAAGAGGAGGACGAGAAGGAGGAGAAGACAGAAGAGCUGACCCAGGAACAGCCACAGCACGAAGAAGAAACCGAGGAGGAGCAGGAGGAAAGGCAGGAGAAGGAGACAGAGGAGGGGGAGAACACAGAUCAGGAAGAGGAGGAGAACACAGAUGCAGCUGAUGCAGAUGAAGAGGAAUGUAUGAUCAUUGAGCCGGUAUCUAGUAAAACAGCUUGCAAAGCUGAAGAGGGGGAAUGGCCUAAGAGUGAGGACUACUCCAGCUACCAUCAGAUCCUAGCCAACUCUCUACUCCACCUGGGCGGGGUCCCCGACACCACAGAGACCACCUCACACGAGCCCGUUACCAUGGAGACAGAGGAAGAUGUCACAGCUGUGAAGCACUCCGUUGUGGUAGUGGAACACUCAGAGGCGCAGGAGGAAGAGGAGGAGGGACAGGAGGAGGAAGAGGAGGAGCAGCAACCUGCAGAGAAAGAGGAGGAGGAGGAGGGAGAGGAGGAAGAGGAGGAGGAAGAGGAAGAUGAGGAAGAGGAAGAUGAGGAGGAGGAGGAGGAGGAGGAGGGAAGUGUUAAAGUAAGUGAAGAACCUUCUGUUGUAGAUAGGGUGGAGGAGGAAGAGGAGGAGGAGGAGGAAGAUGAGAUUGAGGAGGCUAGAGAGGCUGUGACACAGAGAACCUUUGACCACCCAUACUUCACUGGAGACAUCCACCAGCAGCAGGACAAGGCUGAGGAAGAUGAAGAGGAGGAAGAGUAUGAAGAGGAGAGAAGGGAAGCAAAGCACCAGCCACAUGAGAUACUAGAGGAAGAGGAGGAGGAGGAGGAGGAGGAUGAAGAUGACAUUGAGGAGGUGGACGUGAGAGUGCACCCUGUCUUCCUGCCCACCACCAUCACUGCAGCAGCUCAGGGACCAGCCACACAGAGGGAGAGAGAAGAGCACAGGGCCAGGACUACAGAGGAUUACAUCUCCCACAGGACCAGCCACCUAGAGAACUACAACCCCCACAGGACCAGCCCACUGGAGAACUACAACCCCCACAGAGUCAGCCCCUUACAGCACUACACCUCCCAUAAGGCUUCAGCAGCCUCUGACAUCAUCGAGGUGCGUUCAGAGGAUUCGGGUAGGGACUACGAUGAAGAAGAUGGUGAUGAGGAGGAAGAAGAUGACAGUUUGUCUCAGAGGUGGACAGAUGAGUCAGAGAUGUAUGAUAUGACCCGGGGCAACCUGGGGCUUCUGGAGCAGGCCAUCGCCCUGAAGGCAGAACAGGUGAAGGGGCCUCGCGACCUCCUCCUCCUCCGUCACCCCGUCGUCACCCCGGAGCACCACCACCGCUACUUCACCAUGGAUGACCGGCCCAAACACCUGGACACCAUGCGCAAGAGCUACUUCAGCAGUAAAGCUGUCUCUACAGAAGGCAGCAGGCCAGAGAAGAGGGAGAUCAAAUGCCCCACCCCUGGCUGUGACGGGACUGGUCAUGUUACUGGACUCUACCCCCACCACCGCAGCCUGUCUGGCUGUCCUCACAAGGACAGGAUCCCCCCUGAGAUCCUGGCCAUGCAUGAGAACGUGCUGAAGUGUCCGACCCCAGGCUGCACCGGACAGGGCCAUGUCAACAGCAACCGCAACACCCACCGCAGUUUGUCAGGAUGCCCCAUCGCAGCCACAGAGAAGCUGUCCAAGAGCCACAACCUUGACAAGCAGCAUCUCUCCCAGCCAAUCAGAGAGCACCUCAAAGAAAGUCCCAACAACAAUGACAGAGUUUUAAGGCCCAUGUGUUUUGUGAAGCAGCUGGAAGUACCUCACUAUGGGCAGUACAGGCCCAAUAUGGUGCCUGCCACACCUCGUGCCAACCUGGCCAAGGAGCUGGAGAAGUACUCCAAGGUCUCCUUUGAUUAUGCAAGCUUCGACUGUCAGGUGUUUGGGAAACGCAUGCUUGCUCCAAAGAUACCGACCAGCGAAGCCUCACCCAAAGCCUUCAAAUCUAAACUCUCGUCCCCCAAGUCUUCUUCUCCCAGCCUCAGCCUGCAUGGAGGUUAUGGAAAGACUGCCUCCUCUUCUGCCUACGACUACUCCCAUGAAGCCCAGGCAGCACACAUGGCUGCCACCGCUAUCCUAAACCUGUCCACACGCUGCUGGGAGAGGCCUGAGAACCUGAGCACCAAGCACCAGGACCUGGCUAGCAAGAGCAUGGACAUCGAGGUGGACGAGAAUGGGACUCUUGACCUGAGCAUGAAGAAGCCCGUCAAACGAGAGGGCACCAGCCCUGGGGUAUGUUCCCCAGACCCCUCCUCCUCCUCUUCCUCCCUGCACCACGGAGGCAGCAGUGGCAUGACCUCGCCCCACACAGGCCACGCCUACAAACAGGAACACUGGGAGGAGCCUCUGGACUACACCAAACCUAACCGCCAGCGGGAGGAGGACACAGAGGAGAUGGAGCACCACACAGCGCAGUCGUUUGCCUCGUCCGACCCUGAGGACAUGGACCUGAUGCAGGACUACCCCGAGGAGAGGAAGUACCCUGGAGAGGUCACCACUCCAAACUUCAAGGUCCAGUUCCAACAGCCAAAGGAUUGCAAGAAAGAUGUGCUCCUGUGCCCCACUCCUGGCUGUGACGGCAGUGGCCACAUCACCGGAAACUAUGCAUCCCAUCGCAGUCUGUCUGGGUGUCCUCUUGCUGAUAAGAGUCUUCGGUCCCUCAUGGCGACCCACUCUGCUGAACUCAAGUGCCCCACUCCAGGAUGUGAUGGUUCAGGACAUAACACUGGAAACUACGCCUCCCACAGAAGUUUGUCUGGGUGUCCCCGUGCCAAGAAAGGUGGAUUAAAAACAUCUCCCACCAAGGACGACAAGGAGGACUCCGAGCUCUUAAAAUGCCCUGUGCCUGGCUGUGACAGCCUAGGUCACAUCAGUGGGAAGUACGCCACGCAUCGCAGUGCCUAUGGGUGCCCGCUGGCUGCCCGCAGGCAGAAGGAAGGGAUGCUCAACGGUAACCCCUUUUCCUGGAAGGCCUUCAAGACGGAGGCCCCCACCUGCCCCACCCCCGACUGCGAUGGAUCAGGACACGCCAACGGCAGCUUUCUCACACACCGCAGUCUCUCUGGCUGUCCCAGAGCCUCCUUUGCCAAGAAGAAAGCCAAGUUCCCUGGAGAGGAGUACCUGAGCACCAAGUUCAGGGCCAGUGGCGUUCUGGAUAAUGACGAGGACAUGAAGCAACUCAACAAGGAGAUCAAUGAGCUCAACGAGACCAACAACGAGAUGGAGACAGACAUGGUGAACCUGCAGACACAGAUCUCAUCCAUGGAGAAGAACCUGAAGAACAUUGAGGAUGAGAACAAGCUGAUUGAGGAGCAGAAUGAGGCUCUCUUCGUGGAGCUAUCUGGCCUCAGCCACGCCCUGAUCCGCAGCCUGGCCAACAUACGUCUCCCACACAUGCAGGAGCCAAUCACUGAGCAGAAUUUCAACAGCUACUUGAGCACCCUGACUGACAUGUACACCAACAAGGAGUGCUUCCAGAACCCGGAGAACAAGGCUCUGCUGGAGAGCAUCAACAAGGCUGUGAAGAGCAUCAAGGUGUGAAAACCUUGAAAAAAUAAAAAGUGAAAACAUGUAAAAGGAGAGAUGGAGUCAAGAGACCACAGUAUAUUUACCGAGAAUACAAAUACAAAAAGGGCAUUCAGGUUUUAUAAACGACAACUUAAAUUAAACCCAGGGAGCAUUCUGUAAAGAAGAAAAACUUAACUAGGACCAAAAUCCAAACCUGCUGCUGCUGGGAUCGGAAGGAGGAAGUGGAAUGGAACCAAAUCCUUCAGUUUGAAUUGAUGAAAAAAAAAUCUAUAUCUGGGGAUUUGUUUGUUAUGUGUUAUCUUUGUCGUUUUCAUGUCUGUCCUGUUUUGGAGGUGUCUCAUUGACUGUCUCAAUGUAUACUGUAAUUCAAGCUUUAGUUCAGCAACAAUUUGGAGAAGAAAGAAGAAAGAAAGAUGGGAAGUAGUGGGUCUGACCUGCCUACAUGAGGUGAAGAAAACCGUUGAGGAAAUAUCAAAAACCAAGCCGAUGAAACGCCAACGUUGUGUUCUAGGGAAGACACUAAGGCUUCAUUCAGAAAGGUUGCUCUGGGGCAGGAUAAGGAGAGCGUGCUUGUGAGCGGUGCAGCCAUCCCUAUUGAGGAGAAGCAAAUGGAGAAUCACUGAACUCUGAGGUCUUCUUGAGCAAUGGUUCAUGUACUUAUUGUUGUUACUUACUGCAGCAAGAUGUCAACACGGCUCUAUGUCUCAAAUCAGCGGAACAACUCUUCAAAUGAAGAUUAAGUCACAAAUCACGGGGGAGUUUUUCUCUUCUGAAAAUCAACAGUACAGCCUGUACUAUAUUUUUAAUGGAACAACUGGUGUCUGAGUGCAGCAAAUACAGCCUUUUUUCUUUGAACUGAAUGAUGAUAGUAAUGGUCAAUUCCAGUUAGUCCUAUCAAUAGUUUUUAUGAACAUAGAAAAUGCACUUCAUUUCAAUGAAUAGUUUGUGGUACAAUAAUUCUUGUUAUAUAAAUUAUAAAACAUUUGUGAAUGCACAAAAUUGUAAUUUAUUGCCAUUUUAUGUUAAACUACUUGUAUUUAUUUAAUGUUAUCUAUUUAUUCACUUUAUUUUUUUGUUUUGUGAAACACAAAAUGCAACCCUGCUGGUCUAUCAUGGCCAUAAAGAUUUAAAACAGGGAGACUUCGACAUCAAUAUUUAAAAAUCUAUAUAGAUAACUGUUCACACUUAAUUAUUUUAUAUAUCUUAUUUUAUUUUAAAUAUUUUUUUUUUACAUUUUUAAGUGCAGAUAUUUUAUAACUGACAAAGUUUUGAUAAUUUUAUAAAACUGUUUUCAUUUCUGUUAUUUCUGUUAUGAUAAAGUAUCUUCAGAAAAUCCACGGCUUAAAAAGAAAGUAUGUAUUUAUUAUUUAUUUAAUAUUGAGGAAAUUGACUGUCAUAUGGUUGUAUAUUUAUUUAGUCAUUUCUGUGUGUCCUGUGAUGGCUGAGUCUUAGUAGUCUUAAAAUCCAUUGCUAAUAUUUAAAUAAAGAAAAAAACAUGUCUAGAAAGAAAAUCAUAGAAUAUUGUUUGAUUUGCUUUCAUAGAUAUACCAGCAGUUAUUCCUAAGCAGAAUAACCAACAAAAGCAGUCACUGUUCUGUUGGUAUCAGAUUGUCUUUGUGUCAGCAAGGAGUUGUUUGCGUUUUGUCAGGAAAAAUAAGACCAAGAAAAUAGAAGGAUAAAAUGUUUCUUCCCCGAGCGCUUUGUAGUGGCCAACACUGGCUAACCCAAAACAUCUUUAAUGUACCAGAGAUGUUUUAAUGCCUUUUGAUCAAAUAUUUUUUCUCUGUUUAUUCUUUUCUCUAAAUGUCUUGGGCAGAAGCUCCAUAGAGCUCUUUUCCAGUGUGUUCUAGAGCUCUGUUCAAGUGUGUUCUAGAGCUCUGUUCCAGUGUGUUCUAGAGCCCUGUUCAAGUGUGUUCUAGAGCUCUGUUCCAGUGUGUUCUAGAGCUCUGUUCCAGUGUGUUCUACAGCUCUGUUCAAGUGUGUUCUAGAGCUCUGUUCCAGUGUGUUCUAGAGCUCUGUUCAAGUGUGUUCUAGAGCUCUGUUCCAGUGUGUUCUAGAGCUCUGUUCCAGUGUGUUCUAGAGCUCUGUUCCAGUGUGCUCUAGAGCUCUGUUCCAGUGUGUUCUAGAGCUCUGUUCCAGUGUGUUCUAGACUAGAUGUCUGGGUCUAAAACACUUCAAGGAAAAACUAAACCAUCAAGGAGAAUGACAACUAAUAUCAGAUCCACUACGCCCAUGUAGCCUUAUUUUAGAUUUCAUUUGUUGAUGCACAAAGUGCCACAAACCCCUCACUUUCUUUCCUGAUUCUUUGCAUUCUGCAAUGUACAAUGUCUAGUCACGUGACAUGACCAGGGCGUCAGACCGAGAGUUGGGAUUGUUUCAGAUGCCUUUGUUUCUUUGCCAAGAUGGCCAUAAGUACACUGUAUAUACAUUCUGUAUAAAUAGACAUUUAAAAGCUAUAUGAAUAGAAACAUGCAUAUAUUUUUCCAGUGUAAUUGUUGCCUCUUUUCCUCUUCUGUUAGCUUAUCAGAGGAACUACACCUGUCUGAGAGUUGUGACGAAUAGAGGCGGAUAUGACUGUGGCUUUUUAGGUUUCCUUUUCUAUGGAUUUCUCUCUAUCUUUGAUCCAGACAUGGUGAAAAUGCUAACGCAUGUUGUAGUGAAUCUGAAAUGCUAACGCAUGUUGUAGUGAAUCUGAAAUGCUAAUGUAUGUUGUAGUGAAUCUGAAAUGUCUGUAAUCUUAACUAAAUGGUUGGCUCUUCGUUCAAGUGUCCUGUGAGUGAGUUCAUGCAUAGAGGCCUCUUUGGUCACAUUGGCGUUAUAUUGUGCAGUACUGUGUCGUUGUGAUAAGAUUAUGAUAAGGUCAGCUCUCAAACACAGAUCACAACGUUAAAAAGCCAAUAGGGAACGUGUAGUACUUGCUCUGAGUGAUCUGUUGCAACUAGGAGGAGACCCUGUGAAAAUAUGAUGAGGUAACCUAGUGGGAGACCCUGUGGUAAUAUAAUGAGGUAGCCUAGUGGGAGACCCUGUGAUAAUAUAAUGAGGUAGCCUAGUGGGAGACCCUGUGAUAAUAUGAUGAGGUAACCUAGUGGGAGACCCUGUGGUAAUAUAAUGAGGUAGCCUAGUGGGAGACCCUGUGAUAAUAUAAUGAGGUAGCCUAGUGGGAGACCCUGUGGUAAUAUAAUGAUGUAGCCUAGUGGGAGACCCUGUGAUAAUAUGAUGAGGUAACCUAGUGGGAGACCCUGUGGUAAUAUAAUGAGGUAGCCUAGUGGGAGACCCUGUGAUAAUAUGAUGAGGUAGCCUAGUGGGAGACCCUGUGGUAAUAUAAUGAGGUAGCCUAGUGGGAGACCCUGUGGUAAUAUAAUGAGGUAGCCUAGUGGGAGACCCUGUGAUAAUAUGAUGAGGUAGCCUAGUGGGAGACCCUGUGAUAAUAUAAUGAGGUAGCCUAAUGGGAGACCCUGUGAUAAUAUAAUGAGGUAGCCUAAUGGGAGACCCUGUGAUAAUAUAAUGAGGUAGCCUAAUGGGAGACCCUGUGAUAAUGGGUAGUGUAAUUAGCUUUCAGAAAGUGUAAUGAAACUCUCUUGUGUAUUUUUUUUAAACCAUUGAAAGUGCCAGCAUUUGAGUAUGGACUUCUAAUAGCACACUGGGUUAUGGCCACUAGGAAUGUACUGGUACUCACCCCAGCAGAGUGAGAAAAAGAAAAACAAAGACCUGCAUAUUUACCCUGUUUGUGUUUUAAUGUACAGUACCAGUCAAAAGUUUGGACACACCUGCUCAUUCAAAGGUUUUUCUUUAUUUGUACUAUUUUCUACAUUGUAGAAUAAUAGUGAAGACAUCAACACUUUGAUAUAACACAUAUGGAAUCAUGUAGUGACCAAAAAAAGUGUUAAACAAAUCCAAAUAUAUUUUAGAUUGCAGAAUCUUCUAAGUAGACACCCUUUGCCUUGAUGAUGAGUUGGAAUGCAGAGUGAAGGAAAAGAAGCCAACAAUUGCUCAGCAUAUGUGGGAACUCUUUCAAGACUGUUGGAAAAGCAUUCCAGGUGAAGCAGGUUGAGAGAAUGCUGGUUCAUGUGGUGGUCCUCAUGAGAGCCAGUUUCAUCAUAGCACUUGAUGGUUUUUGCAACUGCACUUGAAGAAACUUUCAAAGUUAUUGAAAUAUUCCGUAUUGACUGACAUUCAUGUCUUAAAGUAAUGAUGGACUAUCAUUUCUCUUUGCUUAUUUGAGCUGUUCUUGCCAUAAUAUGGACUUGGUCUUUUACCAAAAAGGGCUAUCUUCUGUAUACCACCCCUACCUUGUCACAACAGAACUGAUUGGCUCAAACGCAUUAAGAAGGCAAGAAAUUCCACAAACUUUUUACAAGGCACAUCUGUUAAUUGAAAUGCAUUCCAGGUGACUACCUCAUGAAGCUGGUUGAGAGAAUGCCAAGAGUGUGCAAAGCUGUCAUCAAGGCAAAGGGUGCCUACUUUGAAAAAUCUCAAAUAUACAAUAUAUUUUGAUUUGUUGAACACUUUUUUUGGUUACUACAUGAUUCCACAUGUGUUAUAUCAAAGUGUUGAUGUAUUCACUAUUAUUCUACAAUGUAGAAAUUAGUUUUUUAAAAAAGAGAAAAACCCUUGAAUGAGUAGCUGCGUCCAAACUUCUGACUGAUAAUGUAAAUCCAAACACUGUUUGAGAUGUAUAAUUCCCUUUGCAUCAGUGUCCGGGGUGUUUGAUUCAAUGAAUGCUAUCGCGUGUUUACACAUGGCAGUAAUACUUUUCAGACCAAAAUCUUUUAACCAUCCCCUCUGCCGGGGCGGCAGGGUAGCCUAGUGGUUAGAGCGUUGGACUAGCAAGUUCAAACCCCCGAGCUGACAAGGUACAAAUCUGUCGUUCUGCCCCUGAACAGGCAGUUAACCCACUGUUCCUAGGCCGUCAUUGAAAAUAAGAAUUUGUUCUUAACUGACUUGCCUAGUAAAAUAGAGGUUAAAUAAAUAGAGGGGAUGCAGGUUACUGGAAAGAAUUGACUAAAUCUACAAAAUAAAUACGAUACUAAGACACUAGCCAAAGCAUGCAGCGAUAGCAGGGAUUGACUCAAAGCCCUCCAAGUGAAGAGAGAGGAACGUGUGGGAGUGGAGAUUGAUUUGCAGCGCUAGAGGUCUCCCUCUUGGUUUGAGAGAGAGAGAGAGAGGCGUUUGUUACAUAAAUAUUUGUCCAUCACUCAGAAUGUCAAAACCUUUAAAGGCUUUUGUCUUGUGUGACUUUUCCUCAGGAAGGAGUUCUUGAUACAUUUGAUUAAGAAAGUAGCUUAUUCUUCCACCUCUCUUUAAUGCACAUGCAUACUACAAUACAAGAGUAUACAGAUUACGAUUAUUCUCAUAUCUUAUUCGAUAUGGUAUGACCCCAUUUAAACUGCUUCAACGACACUGAGAUGUAAGAUUAAAUGGCUAAAUGGCAGUCCAACACAUUUAUAAAGCUAAUAUAAUCAAGUGUUAACAACAACAGCUUGUUCAUUUGAUAAUGAGUAAUGAACAUAUUUUUCCUAUAAGGAGGUUUCUGUCUUCUGUAUUUGUAAUGUUUUAGUAUUUUCCUAAAUGGCCAAUUGUCAUGGGAUAGAAAGCACUGAAAAUUUGGACUGUGUCAAAUUGGCACAGAGUAGAGUGUGUAAAUACAUGGUCAUGUUACGCCAGCCAAUGUAACACUGUGUUGACAGUUUUUAUUUAUUUUUAUAAACACUACAUGUGACUAUAUGGAUGAUAAUGUUCAUGUCUACGUAUGAGACAGGAUGGAGGAGCAUGGUGACAUAUUGUACCAUGGCAAUGUGAUUUGACCAUGACAUGUAAAACGAUCCAUUUCAGUUGAUAGUUGUGAAUGGAUGUGGUCUCAUGUAGUGGUUGUAAAAGUACAGUGUUGCAUGUGAAAGCAAGAAGUCUCUGUUCGCUCUGAUCAAAAGUGAUCACACACCUGUGAAUCCCCCUGAAUAAUGCAGAAUAUAAAACCAAUGAUCUAAUAUCUCAGUCUGUGGUAGGCCAGGGUAUACAAAGAUUCUUAGUGUCCUGUCUUUAAUGACCUUUGCCCUUCCUUCAUCAGUUAAAGUGAGGACAGACAGAGUAGAGUACCCUGUAAACAUGAGAAAAGAUAGCCCAAAGCACCCUAUUCUGAGAUUGGUACUGUACACAUCUGAAGGCCCCUGAGAUUGGUACUGUACACAUCUGAAGGCGCCUGAGAAUGGUCCCCUGAUUCUGUUCUGUCCAGCAAAGGGAGGUAGCCAAUCAUUAGGUGCCUAUACUUCAAACAUUAUCAUCCAAUUUAAAAACACAAAACAUAACAAAUCAAAGUAGAUCACAUAAAUACCACACUAACAUUCCCAGGAGAAAAUCAUAUCUGAUAGAAUGGUAAAAAGGUGUCAUUUAGCUAAUCAAACCAAAACCUCUGUAGGUACUGUAGCUUAAAGCUGUGUGCUUUUAUCAUGUGUGCCUUUCUCUCUCCACUCAUUGCAGGCAACGGUAUGUUUACAUUUGAAGAAGCUGGCUCAAAUCCUGCUCAGGAGGUUGGCAGGGGUGAAGACAACAUUUUCAGGGGGUCAGGGAGGAUUGGGGGGGGGGGGGGGGGGCUAUUUAAAAAAAGAAGAAAGAAUAUUAAAUGUGUCUUUGACAGGCAGGAGAAGAUUCUAUUGCUGUUGCCGUGGUGACACAUUCAUGUUGUGACAGAGACACAAAACAUCAAUACGAUAUAAUGGUAAAGAAACUGUGAUCUAAUUACGAUGAUUCAGGUAUCCAACUGCAUGGGCGAUUUCUGUGAAGGAAAUAUCCAAAUGAGCAUAACCUUUAUUAUAGAUAAUGCAUUAGUGUUUAGGGCAUUAUUUUGAAGAAGAAAAACAUUUGUUGAAGUCUCUGUACAUAUUUGUAUUUAAGGAACAAUGUUAUUGUUGUUGUAUUAAAGAAAAUUUGAGAGAAAAAAAAAGUUUGUGACUAAAUGCACAGCCAAGGGUUGUCCUGCUAGCCCAUUUUUACAGAGAUGAGCUAUUUUUACUGGGGAUUUUCUAGGCAUUCAUAUUAUUAAUACCCUUUUGAAAAUUACAAACUUCCAAAAUUACAAGCACUUCCACAAUAAUAGAUAGUAAGGAUUUUUGUUACUUUUGUAGAGGUGAUUGUUCUUUUGCUACUAUUUUGUAAAGCAGGACAGGCCUUGGCUGUACGGCCUCUGGGUCUCCUGUUUUCUUUUGGAGGUUAACUCUGUAGUUGGGCUGAAAUUGUGACUCUGUGUUUGUGUACUUGUGUACAUGUUCCCAUGUUCCCGUGUCAGUAUUAUAAACAAGAUAAGAGAUGUCAGUUAUUGUGGGGGUAUCAACCAUGUUAUCUAUGAAAAACAUUAAUAAAGAAUUAUAGACAA